AUGAGCAGCAGCUGCUCAGGGCUUAGCAGGGUCCUGGUGGCCGUGGCUACAGCCCUGGUAUCUGUCUCUUCCCCCUGCCCCCAGGCCUGGGGCCCCCCAGGGGUCCAGUAUGGGCAGCUUGGCAGGUCUGUGAUGCUGUGUUGCCCUGGAGUGACUGCUGGGUCCCCAGUGUCCUGGUUUCGGGACGGAGAGCCAAGGCUGCUCCAGGGACCUGACUCUGGGCAAGUGCACCAACUAGUCCUGUCUCGAGCAGACAGCACUGACGAGGGCAUCUACAUCUGCCGGACCCUGGAUGGUGCUGUUGGAGGCACGGUGACCCUGCGGCUGGGCUACCCUCCAGCCCGCCCUGUUGUCUCCUGCCAAGCAGCUGACUAUGAGAACUUCUCCUGCACUUGGAGUCAGGGCCAGGUCAGCAGUCUACCCACCCGCUACCUUACCUCCUACAGGAAGAAGACAUUGCCAGGGGCUGAUGACCAGAGGAUACAUUCAGCCACUGGGCCCUGGCUAUGCCCACAGGAACCCCCAGGGGCUGCCCGCUGUGUGGUCCAUGGGGCAGAGUUCUGGAGCCAGUACCGGAUCAAUGUGACUGAGGUGAACCCUCUGGGGGCCAGCACACGCCUGCUGGAUGUGAGCUUGCAAAGCAUCUUGCGCCCUGACCCACCUCAGGGGUUGCAAGUGGAGCCAAUACCCGGUUACCCCCGCCGCCUGCAUGCCAGCUGGAAGUACCCCGCAUCUUGGCCCCACCAGCCCCACUUUCUGCUCAAGUUCCGGCUGCAGUACCGCCCAGUGCAGCAUCCAGUCUGGUCCAUGGUGGAGCCAGUUGGGUUGGAAGAGGUGAUCACAGACGCUAUAGCUGGGCUGCCCCACAUAGUGCAGGUCAGUGCCCGGGACUUUCUGGAUGCUGGCACCUGGAGCGCCUGGAGUCCUGAGGCCUGGGGGACUCCGAGCACUGGGCCCCUACCAAAGGAGAUACUAGCUGGGGGCCAGCCACCAGAUGGGGACCAGCCACAUUCGAAGCCGGAGGUGCAGAUGCAGGCAGGCAACCUCGCUCCCCCAAGGCUCUCCCUCCAGCCGGGCCCACGGCCACUUGACCAUAGGGUCCCCCUGGAGCAGGUAGCCAUGCUGAUGUCAUUGGGAAUCCUCUCUUUCCUGGGACUAGCGGCUGGGGCGCUGGUACUGGGGCUCUGGCUGAGACUGAGACUGGGUCAGAAGGGUGGAUCUGCAAACCGUGGAUUCUUGGGCCCGAUCAUUACAGUGGACAAGCGUACAACCCCAAACCUAUAGAGGACCCAGGAGGGUUUCAGCUGAUUCCACGUAUAACUGUAUUGCUGGGUGUGGAUGGACGGACAGAUAGAACCCCAGGCAGGAUAGUAGAUCCCCACUAGGAGAGGGGAGUCUAAGCUGGAAGUUCUCUUUGGAGCCCAUUUCUGUGAGACCCUGGAUUCCAGAUUUGCCAACUGACAAGUGUCUGGACCUGAUUUCAUCCCAGAGCUGGAGGUCCAGCCUGAGGGACAUGUGUGUAUAUGUGUAUGUCUGUCCAUGUGUGACCAUGUAUAUGUGAAGCAGGGAACAUGUGUUUUCUGCAUGUAUGUAUAUAGGUGCUGGGGAGUGUUUAGGGGUCCUUGGCCCUUGGUCGUGCCCCCAAUAGGGUUGUGGAGGUGUGA